AUGAUCCGAGACGACAUGCACGUCACGGCAAACUCCCACAUCGGCGUCAUGGUCAUACCUGCUGCCUUGGCUCUCGCUCAACGUGAGGCAUGGACGGGGGAUCAAUUACUAAGAAGCAUCGUAGCGGGCUACGACAUGGCAGCCGCGCUGGGCACGGCAGUCCGUCACGGCGGGCUUCACAAUGCGCAUUUCCGCCCGUCUGGAAUCAUCGGCGCUUUUGGGAGCGCCGCUGCUGGAAUUGUUGGCGGUGGCGGUGGCGGUGGCAGCGAGAUCAAUCACGCCACGGCAGUGAGUGCUCUGAGUUUUGGUGUGAACAUGGCUGCGGGGUUGAAUGAGUGGGCGUGGGCUGGGGGAACAGAGAUAUAUACGCACAUGGGCAGUGCCAGUCGAAACGGGAUUAUUAGCUUGGGAUUGGCUAGAGCGGGGAUGCAGAGUAGUGACACAGUACUUGAGGGGAGGGAUGGUGCGUUCGAGGCGUAUAGAAAGGGAGAGGCGGGCGCAUCAGAUAAAUUCGCUGAGUGGGUAGCAGAGAAGAGUAUUGGGGGGGGGAUUUUGGAUGCAAGAUUCAAACCGGUCGCCGGGUGCAACUUUAUACAGACGCCUUUGUCAAUCGCAUUGAAAUUGAGCAAGGAGAUAACCGGCUCGAUUGGGCAGAUUGAGCGGAUUUGCGUCAAUACGACAUCUGCUGCUAAGGCUUACCCCGGCUGUGACAGCUUCGGGCCGUUUGACAAGGUCGGGCAGGCAAAGAUGAGCAUCCAGUAUGGUGUCGCUGCUGGAUUGCUGUUUGGUCGCAUUGACGACUCCACGUAUCAGCAGUACGACAAUUUGGAGCUGCAAGCGCUCAUCCAGAAAUGCACGGUCGUGGUGGAGAGCUCGUUCGAUCAGGAAUUUUCCCAGGGAAGGCAGCCAAGCAGGGUCGAGAUCACGAUGAGAGAUGGAGAAACAAUCCAGAGUGCGCUUGAUGACGUUCCUUGGCUUGACGGUGAGGCUGUACAGCUGCGCUUUCGGCAAGAAGCUGCGGUGAUAUACCCGGCAGAAGUGGUUGGCCAAAUUGUUAAGGGUUGCUGGGGAUUGCAAGAUGCGAAGAAUUGUUCGACGCUGUUUGACUUGCUCUCGUCUGGGGUUUACCCUGAUUUGUCAACAGGUUAA